AUGCCGCAGCCAUUGACCAGACCGACCGAAGACGGCGACGAUCCGGCAUAUGGAGACGAAGCCUUGGCUGAAACCACCUCUAUAUCGUCGUGGAUAAGGGACUACCGCGUAGAAAAUGGGCGGACCUACCACGCCUUGAAGGAUGGCAAGUACUGCCAAGACCUGUAUCGGAAAACCCUCAACAACCGCCUCUUCCUCGAAAGUAAAAUGGCUUGGACAUCAUGUAGUGGGACCUCCAACUCUGCUCCUUUGCGCUGGUCAGCGCGGCGGAAGAAGAUAUCUGCCGACGCAGAGAGAGGCCUCGACCUCGACCUCGAGUUCGACUUGAACUCAACUGGCGGUGGAGGGUCCGGUUUCUCGAUCUGGCAAGUCAAGUCGCCGCAGAGCAGACAUUCGAGUACCCGAGACGCCGAGCUAAAAGUGAAUGAACGUGACGUUACCGAUGUUUUCGACCUUCCCACCACGCCGCAGCUCGAGCGUCGCCCAUGGUGGACUUCCGACUCUGGUAGAUACACCGCAUGCAACCUCGUGUCGACGGUGGCGUCCCAGCGGCUGACCGUAAACUCGGUCGCGGUCGUGCUCCCGCUCAUGAUCGUCGUCGUCACGAUACGGACUCACGUACCUGUGCACUGGGCGACGCGCGACUAG